AUGUAUCUUCUUCUGAGAGUCAUUUCUUACAUCUUGGCGGUUUUACCAUUCCUCAGGACAAAGUUGAGCAGCCUUAAAUCGACCGAAACGGCCACAUCCUGCCCGUUAGCCAUUGUAGGGGUGGGGGUGAGGCUUCCCGGUGGAGUCAAAACCGACUCUGAAUUCUGGGAUCUUCUCGUCAACAAACGGUGUGCUCGAAGGGAACUGCCGCCAGAUCGGUACAACAUCAAUGGAUUCUAUAGCGAGUCGGGCCAAAGGGGAUCCGUGCGUUGCAAGUAUGCUUAUUGCCUGGAUGAAGAUAUUAGCAAAUUCGACGCGGAGUUUUUCAACAUCUCCCCUGUCGAGCUGGCCAGGAUGGACCCACAGCAACGUCUCCUAUUGAAGGUAGUCUGGGAAUGUAUGGAGAGCGGAGGUCAGGUCGCAUGGCAGGGAAGGGAUAUUGGGUGUUUUGUCGGGGUCUUUGGGGAAGACUGGCUAGAUAUGACCCGCAAGGAUUAUCAGAAUUUGGGUCAGGGUCGGGUUGGCGGCACGGGUGACUUUGCUCUUGCCAAUCGAGUUUCAUACCAUUACGAUCUCACGGGGCCCAGCUGCACAGUUCGAACAGCCUGCUCCCCAUCUCUUGUCGGUCUCGACAUGGCCCAGCGUGCCAUUGCAACAGGGGAGUGCUCCUCCGCGAUCGUGGCAGGUACUAGCCUCCUUCUUACGCCAACUUAUACAAUUGCCAUGACCGAGGAAGGCGCACUGUGUCCAGACGGAAAAUGUAAAACGUUCGACGCUUCUGCAAACGGAUACGCUCGCGGGGAGGCAAUUAACGCUAUCUACGUAAAGAAGCUUGAGGAUGCCAUUCGCGACAAUGAUCCAAUCCGGGGAGUGAUCCGGGGGACGGGUACGAACAGUGAUGGAAAAACUGCAGGGCUAUCCACACCCAGCGCUGAAGCCCAGGCAGCACUCAUUCAAGAGACUUAUGAGCAGGCAGGAAUCCCAGACACUUCGCAGACAGCAUAUAUCGAGGCUCAUGGCACAGGAACAUCUGUUGGAGACCGAACUGAGGCUGCUGGGAUUGCCAAAGUGUUUGGUGAAAAGGGUAUCAUUAUGGGAGCGGUGAAACCCAAUUUGGGUCAUUCAGAGGGUGCUUCUGGACUUACUGGCCUAAUCAAAGCUGUGCUUGCUCUCGAACACAAACAAAUCCCGCCAAACAUUAACUUCUCUAGACCUAAUCCAGGCAUACCCUUUGAGGAAGCCCGACUCAAAGUGCCCACAGAGACGCUGCCCUGGCCAGUGAACCGCAUGGAAAGGGUCAGUGUCAACUCCUUCGGUAUUGGAGGCGUGAACGCACACACUAUUGUCGAAGCAGCCCCGUCCAACGUUCGUGGUUUGAAGAGGAAUAAAGACUGCAAAAGGCGGUCUUAUGUUCAUGUUGUUUCUGCCGACAGUAUGGAAUCACUUGCAGACCGGCUUCACGCAACGAAGGAAUAUCUGGCUAACAGGCGAGUGCCCACAAUUGAUGUCGCAUACACACUCGGUCAACGUCGAGAUCACAUGGUCUGUCGAGGCUUUGUCACUAGUGACGACCAUGGUCAACCUGCCGUGUCGGAUACGCGCAGAACCCCUGCGAAGGACCAACCCCUAGCCUUUGUCUUCAACGGACAAGGUGCGCAGUGGGCGGGUAUGGCUUCCGAGCUUCUGUGGGCUUUUCCUUCCUUUCGCAGCAGCAUAGAAAAAAUGGAUAUGACCUUGAGGGUCUUAGAAGAUUCUCCAUCGUGGACGAUCUUAGACUGUCUUGCAGAUGCAGCUUUCGCAUUCUGGACCAACAAAGCAGAGUUUGUACAGCCUCUGUGCACUGCACUUCAGAUUGCACUUGUGGACCUAUUGGCUGCGUGGAACAUUAAGCCAGCUACGGUAGUGGGCCAUUCCAGUGGAGAAAUAGCUGCAGCUUAUGCAAUGGGAAGCUUGACAGCCGAAGAAGCAAUCACAAUUGCUUUCUACCGCGGGAAAUUUGCCAAGUUCCUGGUGGAGGGGGCAGUCAUUGCCUGUGAGAAUAGCCCUCACAGUGUGACCAUCUCCGGCGAAGUGGAGAAGGUAGAGGCAGUGGAUCACAAGAUCAAUCUUGCGCGGCCGGAAGCCUUCUAUAGGCGUCUACAGGUCAAUAUUGCGUAUCACUCCCAUCACAUGAAAGCUAUUGGAGAGGCAUACAGAACCAUUCUCGAGAAACUUGUUGGAACUCAUCCACCCCUUCCAUAUUCCACAGUGAGCGUAGAUUCUCAGUCAGGUCUGCCUCAAUUGGACGCCGCGUACUGGCAGAGGAACCUAGAGUCUCCUGUGCGCUUCUGCUCUGCGGUUCAGUCCUUACUAAAAGGUGAAGAAGGUGCCGUCUUCGUCGAGAUCGGGCCGCACUCAACACUUGCCGGCCCCCUCCGGCAGAUCUUUUCAUCUAACCGACCCCAGUCUAUUGUUACGUACAUUCCCACACUUGUAAGAGGAAAGAGCUUGGUUAGCAGUAUGAUGGCUACUGCGGACCAUAUCUUUACUCUUGGAGUAGACGUCAACCUCGGCCUUGUCAACGGGACCGAGAACGAGACGGUUCUCACUGACCUUCCCCUAUACUCGUGGCAGGAACGCACCGCAUACUGGGAAGAAAGCAGAGUCACGAAGAGGUGGAGGUUCCGGACCUUCCCCAAUCAUGAGCUUCUGUGGUCAUCGGUGCUCGAAGCCAGCGAUUUGGAGCCUGCAUGGAGAAACAUCCUUCAACUGGAGGAUGUACCGUGGUUGGAGGACCACCGGGUUGGUGGUGAUAUUGUCUUCCCAGGUGCCGGAUAUAUCGCUAUGGUGGGAGAAGCUGUUCGAAGGGUUACUGGAAUCCAUGAGUAUACAAUUCAUCGGCUGCAUAUGAAUAAUGCUUUGCUACUUCAUGCAGGGAACCCGGUGGAGCUUAUAACCAAUCUCAGACCAGGAAGGAUCACGAGCGUGUCAGACUCAGCGGCUUUUGAGUUCACGAUCUCCUCGUUCGCCAAUAACCACUGGACGAAGCAUUGUACUGGGUUUGCCAGGGCCGGUCGAUGGACACAAAACACCAUCUGCCGUCUUAUGGAUGCUUUGCCUCGAAGAGUCAACCCGACCGUCUGGUACCGCGCCCUUUCCGCGCUUGGCUUGACAUACGGCCCAACCUUCCAGGGCCUAGAAGACAUUACAGUGGAUCCGACAGGGGGUAAUGCAACAGCCACGGUAGAUGGAAACUUUUCGCAUAGCGAGUCGUUCUACCACAUCCAUCCCACCAUCAUCGACCAGUGUCUGCAGCUAAUGAUCUUGGCCAAGUGCGGUGGCAAGCCACGGAAGAUUGGGCGGCCAGUGGUACCAAAGGCAAUGACCGAGCUUCAAAUUGCACCAGUGAGCCAGGCUCUUCGAAUUCAAGUAUCAGUUGGUGCAGCAGAUGGCGACGUACUUGACGGUCGCAUAAUGGCAUUCUCAAAUGGGCAACCUGCUCUCCAGAUGGAGGGCUGCACAUUCAGUAGUCUGGACGUGCAGGUGAAAGUUGAUGAUCUUGCGGCGGCGCAGAUGAGGUGGGCUCCUCACAUUGAUCUGGUGCGGCAUCAGGAUCUUUUCGAGGUGAUGUCUAGCAAAGAUGCUGUUGUUCUGCUUGAGCAACUUACUGUUCUUUGCGUCCAUGAAGCUUGCGACAAGCUCCGAUUUACAGCCGUCGAGGUCGAGCACUUCACCCGCUACAAAAGCUGGCUGGAGGCGGAAACGACCCGCCUUGCCAAUGGCGAGUACGACCAUAUCAUCCCCGAGGCCUCUCAAUGGUCAACAUUGGAUUCGCGACAACGAGGUUUAUUAAUUAAGGCAAGAUCCGUGGAAGCCUUGUAUAAUGAGCAAUCAGCACCACUGAGCUUGGCUAUCGAAUCGAUAUUGGAGAAUAUUGAGGGUCUGGCUAAAGGCGAAGUUCAACCGCUGGAGCUCCUGACAAAGAAUAAUGUGCUGUCAAACAUAUACACUGCGAAGAAUCAGAUGGACUCGUUCUUCGCGACUAUAGGCCAUACCAGACCUACAAUCAAAGUCCUUGAGAUCGGCGCAGGCACUGGCAGCACGACGGCGAGGGCCCUCAGGUCGCUUGUUACUGAUGACGCGGUGCGAAUGUACUCACAGUAUACAUUUACAGAUAUUUCACCUGGCUUCUUUGCUACGGCAAAGGAACAGUUUCAGAAUUACGAGCAGGUGGAUUUCCGUGUUCUCGAUAUUACCAAGGAUAUCGAGGAGCAAGGCUUUUCACCUCACAGCUUUGACUUGAUCAUCGCUGACAAUGUCCUACAUGCAACCCCCUCACUUCAUGCCACGCUUCGUAAUGUUCGACGGCUGCUGGCUCCCGGCGGUACACUUUUCCUACAAGAGCUUUGCACAGAGAUGCUUUUUAUAGGUUAUAUCAUGGGUACACUUCCCGGAUGGUGGUUGGGGAGCGAAGAUGGACGCCAGACGAGGCCCUAUGUUCCCGUCCAGAGAUGGGACGAUGAACUACGGAAGGCCGGAUUUACGGGUGUCGACUCCGCGAUCUUCGAUGACGAGCAGCCCUACCAUGUCAAUGCCUACAUCAUUUCUUCUCCGGUGGCAGUCGAAUGGGAUGCUGCACGCACCCCAGUCACCCUUCUAUAUCGAUCCAAGAUCAGCGCCGCAGCAGGCAAUAUCGAACGAGUUCUGAUAAAGAAAGGUUACAGCGUGUCAUGGCAAAAGUUGGGAAAGGAUAUGCCAGCAGGGCAACUUGUAGUUUCGUUAUUGGAUCUAGAAGGCCCAUUUUUCCACGGAAUCGCUGGCGAGGACUGGAACGCCUUCGUUGCCUAUGUUACCUCGAGCGAGUUUGGGAGCAUGAUCUGGAUAACGAAGAACUGCCAAAUCCACUGCAAUGAUCCGCGCUAUUCAUUAGUGUUGGGAGUUGCGCGCAUUGUUCGAUUCGAGUUAUCUCUCGACCUUGUGACAGUAGAAGUUGAUGAGUUUUCUUCUCAAGAGGCAGCGGAGAGUCUGGAGAAGAUCAUCGCAAACUUCCCCGCCCAGAAAAACCGAGACGGCGCAGAUAUUGACCCGGAAUAUGCGAUCGUCGACGGCACAACACAGGUUCCUAGAUAUUUCCCAUAUUUUCCAAGCGAGCACGUGGAUGAUCCGGAAGAGGGCACUGGGAGGAAGCUAUGUAUUGACAAAAAAGGAUCGCUGAAUUCGCUGUCCUGGGCGCAGACCCACUCAAGGGAAUUGGACGAUUAUCAGAUUGAGAUUCGUUUGGAGGCUGUUGGACUUAACUUCAAGGACGUGCUUAUUGCAAUGGGCAUCAUCGGUGGAUCCAAGACCGCUCUAGGACUGGAAGGGUCAGGAACGGUUACCAGGACCGGACCUGGUGUGACCCGCGUCCAGGAAGGCGAUCGAGUGAUGACCGGGGCUUCAAAAGGAUGUUUCUCUAGCAGAGUGAUUAUGACAGAGAGUCUCUGUGUUCGUAUUCCGGACAAUCUUAGUUUCGAAGACGCUGCCACCAUGCCGAGCGUGUUUUUAACCGCGAUCCAUUCGCUCAUUGAGCUUGCGAAGUUGCAAGCGGGAGAGACUAUUCUCAUCCAUUCAGCUUGUGGGGGCGUUGGCCAAGCCGCUAUCCAGAUCAGUCAAAUGAUAGGCGCCGAGGUUCGUCAAGCAUAUAGGGGUAGCAGCGCCAUCUUCGCAGAUAAGGUCCGGCACGAUACCGAUGGGAGAGGAGUGGACGUGGUGCUGAACUCGUUGUCUGGAGAGUUGCUCCACGCAUCCUGGCGGUGCGUUGCCAGCUUCGGAACAAUGGUAGAGCUAGGCAAGCGUGACUUUCUCGACUAUGGAAUGCUCAGCAUGAACGAGUUUGCAGACAACCGGAAUUUCUCCGGUGUCGAUCUAUCCGUGUUGAUCGACAGAAAGCCCCACGUGAUUCAAAGGUAUCUACAGCAAUGCGCAGACCUUCUCCAACAGGGUCAUCUGAAGCCGAUCUACCCCAACCACGUGUUCGAUGCUAUUGACGUGGUAAAGGCAUUCAGAUACAUGCAAGGUGGACAGCACAUUGGGAAGAUAGUAGUGAAAAUGCCAGAAGGCCCGGAGCAAUUACCCACAAAUAUUGCUCUUGAAUCUACACCACUCUUUGCUAGCGACAAGUCAUACCUCCUUGUCGGUGGCCUUGGUGGACUAGGUCGAGCUGUCUCAGCGUGGAUGAUAGAGAAUGGAGCCCGGCAUCUGGUUUAUCUUUCCCCUACUGCGCACACCAAGCCCAGGACGCAGGAGGUAUUCCGCGAACUCCAAGCGUUGGGUGGCAAUACAACGCUGGUUACAGGAACUGUCACGGACAUCGAGGACAUCAGGCGAGCAGUAGACCUUAGCCCUCGACCAAUCGCUGGUGUGCUACACAUGCCAAUGGUGUUACGGGACCGAUCUCUGGUGGACAUUACAAUAGAAGACUGGGAGGGAGCGACCGCACCCAAAGUACAGGGGGCGUGGAACCUGCACACAGUCUUUGACCACAGCAUAGACCUGGACUUCUUCCUCCUCAUCAGUUCCAUUGUGGGCCAUCAAGGGAACUGGGGGCUGACCAACUACGCUGCUGGCGGCACACUCCAAGAUGCCCUCACGCGUCAUCGCCGAGCGCUGGGACUGCCGGCAAAUGUGAUCGACGUCGGGGUCAUGGGUGAAGUUGGCUUUGUCAGUGAAGACCCCGCACUUUUCCAGAAGUUAAAGGGUGUGAACCUCUUACUCUGGGAGAGCGAGGUUCUGCAAUCUAUCCGGGUGGUUUUAAGUCAGCAGUGUGCCGCAAAGGCCGCAGGAGCCGAAUGCUCCGGUGGCAUCGCCGACCUCCUUGUCGGCUCCAUAUCCAAAACAAGGGGACUCAAUGGCCUUGCGAAGGACGAUGUUCGAGUGAGCGUACACCGGAAUCUUAGCACAUCUCGCAGCACCGCCCUAGUCUCGGGCGACAGUCCACUGAAACAAUUUCUCAACAGAGUAGCUGCGAACCCCGACAUCUUGAACGACGACUCAAGCCUCGAGAUUGUGACUGGUGAGAUUGUAAAUAUGGUUUGUUCAAUCAUGUCCCUGCGUAAGGAAGACAUGGAUGUCACCUCCUCGUUGACUGCCCUGGGUCUUGAUUCUCUAGUCAGUGUCGAGAUCCGCAGAUGGUGGCGGCAGAACCUCGGGCUCGAGAUCAGCGUGCUGCAAAUCACCUCCUUGGGUUCCGUCCAGCAGCUAGGUGUGCUGGCCAUUAAUUCACUUCGGGAGAAGUACCUAGGGGAUAAUUUUUGA